GGCCAUCUCAGCGAAAAGAUGAGAUGGAUUGAGACAGACUCUCACUGAUGGGAUCCAAACCCUAGAGCUGGGACGAGUUGACAUCUCGUUCCUUCAGGUCACGAGUCAAGACUGCUCACUCUAAGACCGGUGUUGCCAACAAAUUUUCAGGGGUUCUCGAAUCCCCUCAAAUCAAAAGAAUCCUGGGGAUAUGUUGACGUCCGCGAGGGGGCACAUAUGUUCUGGUGGCUUUACUCUGCUGACAGCCCGUCGGCCAGCUACUCCCAGCUGCCUCUCGUGAUGUGGCUGCAGGGAGGCCCGGGAGGAUCAGGCUGUGGCUUCGGGAACUUUGAAGAGAUCGGACCCCUGAACAGAGACCUUGAGCCUAGGAAAAACUCCUGGGUUCAGUACUCCAGUGUAUUGUUCGUUGAUAACCCGGUAGGAACAGGCUUCAGCUACACGGACUCAGACGAGGCCUUCGCUACUGACGUGUCUACGGUCGCCUCCGACAUGCUGGUGCUGCUCAAACAGUUCUUCAACAAGGAGGAACAGUUCCAGAGCGUGCCCUUCUACAUAUUCUCAGAGUCCUAUGGAGGGAAGAUGGCUGCCGCGAUCUCACUGGAACUCACUAAGGCCGUAGAAAAAGGAACCCUGAAGUGUAAUUUUGUCGGAGUGGCUCUGGGAGACUCUUGGAUCUCUCCACUGGACUCUGUUAUGACCUGGGGUCCUUAUCUGUACAGCACGUCCCUGCUAGAUGACUACGGCCUGCGGGAGGUGAGCAGUGCAGCAGAGGCGGUGAAGCAGGCGGUGGAUCAGGGGCAGUACCAGAAGGCCACAGAGCUCUGGUCUGUCACUGAGAGUGUUGUGGAACAGAACACAAACGGAGUCAACUUCUACAACAUCCUCACCCAGGAACCUGAUGAGGAGAUGUCCUCCGUGGCUGGAGAAGGAUUCCUCUCCCUGCUGAUGCGGCACCACAUUAACCCCCUCCACCGCCAAUCACUGAGCCAGUUGAUGAACGGGCCAAUCAGGAAGAAGCUGGGAAUCAUCCCUCAGAAUGUCACCUGGGGAGGUCAGGCUGAGGCAGUGUUCAGCAGCAUGUCAGGUGACUUCAUGAAGCCAGUGGUGGACGUGGUGGAUCAGCUGUUGGAUGCCGGGGUCAACGUCACUGUCUACAACGGACAGCUGGACCUCAUAGUGGACACCAUGGGUCAGGAGCAAUGGGUGAAGCAGCUGAAGUGGUUGGGGCUCCAGAGCUUCAGCCAAAUGAAAUGGACUGCCCUUAAUGACCCUGCCUUCCCGGGGGUGACCGGCGCCUUCUACAAGACCUACAAGAACUUCUCCUUCUACUGGAUCCUCAAGGCUGGUCACAUGAUCCCCUCGGACCAGGGACCCAUGGCACUGCAGAUGCUGAAGAUGAUCACACAGCAGGACUGACACACGGCAGGGUAGCCUAGUGGUUAGAGCGUUGGACUCGUAACGGGAAUGUUGCAAGUUCAAACCCCCGAGCUGACAUGGUACAAAUCUGUCGUUCUGCCCCUGUACAGGCAGUUAACCCACUGUUCCUAGACCGUCAUUGAAAAUAAAUUUAAAUAAAGGUUAAAAAAAUAAUAAAUAAAUAAAACACA